AUGAUUCGUGGUUCAAAAUGUUGGACACUAGAAAUGCUUGAUGAGCUCUGGGAACAUCUGACAACAUUUCUCAAUGAAGUUUGUAUCAAUCUCAGUUCCAAUACAUUCUUGUAUUGGGGUUCAUGCUUCAAAUACGCUAUGGAAAACAAAGAUCCACGUCGCAUGUAUCGACCAAUUCAAUUUCUUCGUGCAUUGAUCAAUAAUCAAACGUCGGUCAAUACUUUAAAUGAAGUAUCACGUUGGUAUCUCAUUCAACAGUUGGACAUUUUUGAAUGGCGCAUUCCAUCCAUCUGGUAUUCUAUUAAUGAACAUGUCAAGAAACAAUUGGAUCAUCCAUUCAAAGUUGUACGAGAUCGUAUGGUCAUGUGA